AAAAGAAAAAAUACAUACUGAAGGUGUUAACCUUGUUUGUCAUGUUGCUGCUUUAUGAAGUGUAUGGAUUUCAACCAAACCAUGCAGCGAAAGAUCAAAUAUCUAAUUACUUGAAAACUGCUCCAUGGGAAUACAUCAAAUCAUUUGCAAAGAUCAAAACUCCACUAUCAAUGGACAUCACUUCCAAUUACAGACUUCCAGCAGGAACCAUUUUGAAUAACACAAAAUAUGAGAAAAACUGUGCUGAUAUUUUGAGAAAAGACCCUUCUACCUGGAGGAAGGACGGUAUUUAUACAAUCAACCUUGACGAUAAAAAUCCAGUCCAGGUUUAUUGUGAUAUGACGGCGGACGGAGGGGGUUGGACGGUAAUUCAGAACAGGUAUGAUGGUUCCACCAGUUUUUAUCGCGAUUGGAAUGACUACAAGACAGGUUUUGGGAAUAUUUCUCAGGAAUUUUGGCUUGGGAAUGACAGAAUUCAUGCUCUAACUAAAAAUGAUGACCAAGAACUUCGGAUUGAAAUGACCAAAUUUAAUGGAUCAAAAGUUUAUGCAAAGUACUCCAGAUUUUCUAUUGGUGAUGAAUCAGACAAGUAUAAACUGUCAAUCAGUGGAUACAGCGGGGACGCAGGAGACUAUACAUAA